AUGUCGUUCUCGUCCUCGUCUUCAUCUUCGAGGCACUCGUCAAGAUCCUCGAGGUGCAGCUGCGACAGUUGCGCAGAGUACAGAUACGAAAGAACGUGCCAUGUCGACGGCUGCUCCAGGAAACAUGCUUUCAUUCGCAACGAUCCCCUGAGACCGGAUAUCAGAAUUUACUCUGAUUUCUGCGUUGAUCGUAAGUAG